GCUCGAGCCGCCAACCCGCUGCGCAGCCACUCCCGAGAGUUUGGUCAAGCCUGUCCCAACGUGUUCGAGGAAACAACAAAACAAAUCUGUGAACGUAUUCAGCUCGAGGAAGACGGCUCACCUGUCUCCCCCGGUCCACCUGUUUCACUGCGACACCUGCGACGGGAGUGAAAGUGCAAACCGGCGGGCCGAAUAAGCGAGUGGUGAAGUCAAUCUGGAAUGGCUGCUCGGUGUUUCCUGUUUUAUUUCAUCUUUAGUACCUCGUGCCUAGUUGAUGGACAGCCUUCAAAGCAUGCGCUCAAGGGGGGGAGGGGCUUCUUGAAGCCGGACAUCGCUGGACAUCCGGAUAGAAUCCUGUGGAAAUACAAUGGCAACAAAGUGGUGGAGUUUAAUGGCAAAGAGCAAAAGGAGUUCAGUCCGUAUGAAAACAGGAUCACUCUGGACUGGGUCUCUGCAGAACUCGACAUCUCUGACCUCCGGUUUGAAGACAGCGGCAACUAUGAAUUGGAAGUACACAUCAAUAAAGCGUUGCAUCGUUCAUUCCAUAAAUUGGAGGUCAUAGACCUGGUACCCAAGCCCACCAUCUCCUGUGAGGUGAUCGACGGCGGCAGCUCCAACGUAUCUGGAGAGCUGCUGUGCUCCGCAGAGCCCAGGCGGCCUCAGGCCGUCGUGACGUUUGAGUGGAGAACACGUGGAGACGUGCGGCCCGGUCCACGGCUACACAUAUCUCUGGGGGAUGCAUACGACGAUGAAGUCUACCGUUGUAACGUGAGCAACCUUCUGAGUAGUGAAGAAGCUACAUUCCCUGCAAAGGAUUGCUACCCAGAUGAAAGUUCAUCUGUAAUACUGACCGUAUGCCUCGUCGUUGCCUCUCUCCUCGCGUGUCUCCUCGUGUGUCUGGCCGUACUGUACUGCAAACUACGGCGUAAAGCAUGUUUUGCAAAACAUGAUUUGGAAAAUCCGUCACCACCUGGUCAAAGAGAAGGGUCAGAUAUGAAGGAAGCUUGGAAUGCUGAAAGAAGGCCUCUAGUUCACAGAGAGUCCACUCUUCCCUCCACUCAGCCACUGGGCCGUUUCUUCCAAGGUAACAUGAGGCCCGAUGAACCCGCUCGCCUCCAGAACCAAGACCCAGAUUCAGACCAUGACCCUGUCGAAGAACAUGAAGAAAAUGAGACGCCAAAAGAAGGUGACGCGGACGCCGGCCCGCCCAGAGAGUCUUCAGAGGAAGACGUCCCGCAGAGCGAGCCCUUGGACUCCGAGGAGGAUAACGGAGCGGACCCUGCUCACGCCGGCGUGUCGGACCGCUUCAAGCCAGAGAGGGAGGCAGAUGAGGAAGAGGAGGCUCGGUCCGCUCGUGCCGAGGACGAAACUUCACCUGCUGCUCAGCCACAUUCCUCUUUGACCGAAAGCUCUCCCAACAUGGCGGCGAAAGACGCCGCGGGCGAAGACGAGGAAGUCGCCGACUCAGAUCGGGUCACUGGAGAAUCUGCCGAGACGCAUGUCAGAGGAUCUGACUCAUCGGGGGAAGGGGACAGAAAAGAAUCAGACGACUCUAGCGCGGACGAACCGUUGUCCGCCAGAGGUUCAGAGACAUUAUUACACGAUUCAAACUUGGCACAAGAAGAAACAAACAGCAGCAAAGAUGACGAGCAAGAAACUGUGGAACCUGUUUCUGAAGAUAAAGAUAAAUCUAAAGCAGAUAGCGUGAGUGACCGUGAAGAAUCAGAUACGGAUCUGUAUUCAGCCGCCUCCCGGCAUCCUCAGAGCGCCGCACCAGCAGAACCAGACAACCAGAACACCGACACAUGUCCAGAGUCACCAGACUCUGCACACGCACCGCCAGACGGAGAAGAGCGUCUCAAGACCUGCGCUGACUCAGAGGAGGCGGGCGGGCGGUCGGAUAAAGGCGAGGGCGAAGCUGUCGAAGAUCAAAAUGAGGCCCGUCGCGCCCUUCAAGGAGAACAGCACGGCCAUGAGGGCGGAGCGAGACAAAAGGAAGAGGAAGUUGCUGCGUAGGCCACUCGGCGAGCAAGGUCAGAUUUAAGAAGGACGCAGAUAGUGAAAGCGAAGCUGUCAAUACAACACGGCAGGGAGAAUACGUUCACGACGGAGGAGUUUUCAUGACAGUCCGAAUAAAGACAGCAAAUAUGAACUGUUGUGGAAUGAUGGAGUGGUGGCCGUGUGCACCGAGGAAAGAAGCAGACACUUGCGUGGUGAAAAAAGAGGCCGGUUUGUAGGUUGGAAGCAGACGGGGAGGUUCAUCUCUCUGUUGCCCGUUUCCUUUUUAACACAAACUGUCCCUGAAACCAGUAAAACAACAAUUCGAAAUACGUCACAGAAAGACAAACAGAGAUAGCGUCUUAUCCACAAUGCAACAGUCGGCGUGGCCCUGGAAUGAGUCUGUGGGAAGGGAAGAGAACCAGAAGUUAAACUCACACAGAAAACUUACAAUUUCUCGCUCCUAUUCCUUUUAACAUUUUUAGCUUCUUUUGAUAUUAUUCACGUUAUGUGUUUGAAUAACAGAUGCAAUAUAGAUGUUUUUUCAUUGUUUUUUAAGCGAUACUGUAAAUUAUUGACUAAUGGUGCUACAUCGGAGGGGUUUUCUUAAGAGUUAAGCUCUUACAAAUAAGAAUGUAUGGUAUGUUUAACUUGAAUCUGCACUAAUCUUUCAUGUUGUGACCUUAUCAAAAUGAAGACUUCAUUCGUAUUUUAAUAAAUCUAUUUGUUUUUUUAUACUU